AUGACACCACCUUCUAAAAUUGAGGACAGUUCAUCAUCAUCAUCCUCAUCAGCAGAUUCUUCCACUUUUGUUACUGGUAAUUCAUGGUAUACUAAAGUAUCAGAUAUUAAACCAGGUGUUGAUAGAUUAAUUGACGCUUUUCAUACUAAACAAAAGACUCAAGAUGUUCAAUUUCGUUUAAAUCAAUUGAGAAACCUUUAUUAUGCCGUUCAAGAUAAUACUGAUGAAUUAUGUGAAGCUUUAGAGAAAGAUUUUCAUCGUGCAAAUACUGAAACUAAAAAUUUAGAAAUUGUUGGUGGAUUAGCUGAAUUAGUUCAUACUAUGUCAAGUUUACACGAAUGGUUGAAACCUGAAAAAGUUACUGAUUUACCAAUUACUUUAAAAACUAAUCCAAUUUAUAUUGAAAGAAUUCCAUUAGGUGUUGUUUUAAUUAUAAGUCCAUUUAAUUAUCCUUUCUUUUUAUCAUUUUCUGCUAUUGUUGGUGCAAUUGCUGGUGGUAAUGCAGUUGUUUUAAAACAAUCUGAAUUAGCUCCUAAUUUUUCAAGUUUAUUUAGUAAAAUUUUAACUAAUGCUUUAGAUCCAGAUAUUUUCUUUUCUGUUGAUGGUGGAAUUCCUGAAAUUACUGAAUUAUUAGAACAAAAA